CAGUGUGUGCCGCGGGUGAGAUCAGGGUGGCGUCACGCGCCAGCAGGUGGAGCCGCGGCAUUCAGUGUCAGCUGAGCUUCAGCGCGAGCUCACGGGAGCUUUCAUCAGGUUGACAGGCAAAGGAAGAGCCGCAGUAACCGAAAGCGCUUCACUGCAAAUGGGCAAGCCGUUUUACUGGGAACCAAGGCUAUGACAACAGGAGCAAAUUUAGUUUUGUUCGCUUAAGAAAAAAGUCUGCAGUAAGUGUAAGAAAGUUCAUGGUGGAGGCUCAGCAGAGUUUCAGAGGAAGCAGGAUGUACCAUGAAGACGGCGCAAACUCUCUCAGACCACGAUAUGGAUCCAUUGUGGACGAUGAGAGGCUGUCGGCAGAAGAAAUGGAUGAGAGGAGGAUGCAGAAUAUUGCUUAUGAAUACCUUUGUCACCUAGAGGAAGCCAAACAAUGGAUGGAGGCCUGUCUGGGGGAGCAGCUGCCUCCUACAACAGAACUGGAGCAUGGCUUGAGGAAUGGCGUCUAUCUUGGAAAACUGGCUAAGUUCUUUGCUCCCCAGUUGGUGUCAGAGAAGAAGAUUUAUGACAGGGACCAAUCUCGUUAUAAGCACUCAGGACUACAUUUCAGACACACAGAUAACACUGUGCAGUGGCUCAGAGCCAUGGAGUCCGUUGGUUUGCCCAAGAUCUUCUAUCCUGAGACCACCGAUGUGUAUGAUCGCAAGAAUAUGCCCAAGGUGAUCUACUGCAUUCAUGCACUGAGCUUGUACCUGUACAAAUUGGGAAUUGCCCCUCAGAUCCAGGACUUGUUGGGGAAAGUAGACUUUACAGAGGAAGAAAUCAGCAACAUGAGGAAAGAACUGGAUAAAUAUGGCAUCCAGAUGCCCGCCUUCAGCAAGAUCGGUGGCAUCCUGGCCAAUGAGCUUUCAGUAGAUGAAGCUGCAUUACACGCUGCUGUCUUUGCCAUUAACGAGGCCAUUGACAAAGGUCAUGCAGAGAGUACAAUGGUGGCUCUGCAGAACCCCAAUGCCUUACUGAGAAACACACAGAAACCACUGGUCCAGGCCUACCAGGACACACUGAGCAAAGCCAAGAGGAAGAAAGAGGAUCAGGCUUCGGGACGGCGCUCGUCUGUUGCAACUGAAGAGAGAGAUGUGUAUGAAGAAUUGCUGACUCAGCAGGAGAUUCAGAGCAGUGUAGACCUUGUGAACACAUCAGAAGCUAUUCAACAGUUAAAUCAGGCUCUUGAUGCUGAGGAUCAGAAAGCCCUACUGGCCAGCCUUAGGUUGCCUGCACUUGGUCUUGUGGGAGUCCUUGAUGACAACUCCAGCUUUUACCUGGAGCACUUCACAUCCUACAGGGAGCAUAAAGUUAAGGAUGCUGGUGCGGGUGCUCAGCUGGAGAGGGAAGAGAUUCAGAGGGUCAUCACUUCCUGUAACGAGUUUGCAGAGGCUGAGAAACGAAAGCAGGAAGUGGUUGCUGCGAUCAAUGCAGCUAUUCGACGAGGCAUUCCAGAAGAGACCGUGGAGGCGCUUCUGAACCCAGAGGCUCAGUUACCCAUUGUCUAUCACACUGCUGCCAGCCUGUACCAGGCCGAGCUCUUCAGCCUGCAGCUUGGCUGUCAGAACAAGGCCGGUCUUACUCAUGAGGAGCUGUGUGUAGCUGUGGAGAUGCUGUCUGCUGUGUCUGUGUUAAAUGAGGUGCUGGACACUAAAGACUCUGUGGCCGUCAUUGAGCAGCUCAGUGACUCUCCACUGGGCUUCAGUGGUCUGGAUGCUGACAAUUUACAGAGAUACGCAGACACACUGAUCCGUCUCAGAGCUGAGUCCCUCGCUCAGGGUCAAGAGUUCAUCACCUGGAAUGAUGUUCAGAAAUGCAUCGACAUUGUCAAUGUCCAGGUGCAUGAGGAACAUGAGAGAGUCAUCGCUAUCGCUGAGAUCAACGAAGCCCUAAAUUCUGGAGAUCCAGAGAAGACACUUGCCGCCCUCCUACUCCCUACAGCUAAACUACAGGGAGUCAAUCCAGCCAACGCCAAACACUAUCACAAUCUACUGCUGUCCACCAAAGACCUCAUCUGCAAGAGCUCUGGAGAUGAAUCUGCUGUGCUGUGGCUGGACCAGAUCCAGGAGGCCGUGCACACUGCCAACCGGGACCAGGAGGACGCACUCAAAUUGGCUGAGGCAGUAGCAGACAUUAACAGGGCAGUAUCUGAGGGAGAUGCUAAGGCCACACUAGCUGCUCUGCAGUGUCCUGAUGCAGGUCUUCGAGCGGUGCUGUCUGAAUGUGCUCAUGUCUACCACAGCCAGCUCGCUCACUUACAGAGCACUCAAACAGAACAAGGAACUAGUGGCAGUUUAUGGAUGAAACACAAGAUCAAGGAUAAAUAUGACUACUUCUACAACAUUGAAAGCAAGGAAGGGACAUGGGUUGAGCCAGAUCAUUUUGUCCAUGACAGUUCACAGCUCACCAAAGAAGAUAUUCAGAGUGUUUUGAGCAGUGUAACAGCAGAGUAUAACAGAGAGCAGCUGUGGUUGGCCAAUGAGGCGCUCAUCAUCCAGCUUCAUGCCCUGAUUCGUGGAUACCUGGUGAGGCGGGCACAUAAUGACAGGUUGAAGUACCUACGAAAGCAAGAGCUGAGUGUCAUCAAACUGCAGGCAUCCUGGAAGGGCUACAAACAGAGAAGAGUCUAUAAGGACAGACUAAAGACCUUCCAAGACAGUGUGAGCAGUGCGAUUAAGUUACAGUCACUGGUGAAGAUGUGGAAAGCUAAACGGAGCUACACAAGGAGACUGAAGUACUUCAAAGACCAUGAGAAAGAAAUAGUGAAGAUUCAAGCUUACCUUAAGGCUAACAAAGCAAGAGUUGACUACAGAACCUUGACCGGUUCUCAGCACCCCCCUCUCUCAGUGGUCCGUAAAUUUGUACAUUUGCUGGAACAAAGCAGCCUCGAUUUACAGGAGGAACAGGAAGUGACACGGCUCAGAGAGGAAGUUGUCACCAAGAUUCGUUCUAAUCAGCAAAUGGAAAAGGAUCUGAAUUUGAUGGAUAUUAAAAUUGGCCUGUUAGUAAAAAACAGGAUCACACUACAGGAUGUGGUGUCACACAGCAAAAAGAUGAAGAGCAAAAAGAACAAAAUGAGCAAAGAAGAUCUGGCCAUGGGGGAAAAGCAGGGCAUCAAGGGUCUGAGCAAAGAGAAGAGGAAGAAACUGGAGGCCUAUCAGCAUCUUUUCUACCUUCUACAAACCAAUCCUUCAUACCUGGCCAAGCUAAUCUUCCAGAUGCCCCAGAACAAAUCCACCAAGUUCAUGGACACUGUGAUCUUCACGUUGUAUAACUAUGCAUCAAACCAGCGGGAAGAGUACUUGCUGCUCAAGCUUUUUGAGUCAGCCUUGCGAGAAGAGAUCAAAUCUAAGGUGGAUCAUAUCCAGGAAAUAGUGACAGGGAACCCUACAGUCAUUAAGAUGGUUUUGAGCUUUUACCGUGGUGCUCGCGGGCAGAACGCUCUCAGACAGCUUCUAGGCCCUGUGGUGAAAGAGAUCAUCGAGGACAAGAACCUGGGCAUCAACACUAACCCUGUAGACAUCUACAAGGCCUGGGUUAAUCAGCUAGAGACCGCUACGGGAGAAGCCAGGUUUAAACCUGCACACACCAUCCAUCUGCAUAUUUUCUCAUCUUCUACAUAUACGCUUUCAUUUUGGAGUCAGUAUGGCCAGAUUUUUUUUUCUGCUGCUGAUCUGAUUUUUACUUUUGCAUCAUUUGAUCUGUUUUCUUUUGCAUGCAGUUACGGCAUGAGAUAUAUUGCUAAAGUUCUAAACGACACGCUUCAUAAGAAAUUCCCUGACGCCACAGAGGAUGAAUUAUUAAAGAUUGUUGGGACUCUGCUCUAUUACCGUUACAUGAAUCCUGCCAUUGUGGCUCCAGAUGGCUUUGACAUCAUUGACAUGACGGCCGGAGGACAGGUGCAUUCGGAGCAGAGGAGGAACCUGGCAUCAGUGGCUAAGAUGCUACAGCAUGCUGCUGCUAACAAGCUGUUUGAGGACGAGAGCGACCACCUCACCCUUAUGAACAGCUACAUCUCCCAGACCUACCAAAGGUUCAGGGGCUUCUUCCAGGCAGCUUGUGACGUUCCAGCUCCGGAGGAGAAGUUUAACGUGGACGAGUACUCUGACAUGGUGACACUCAGCAAACCCAUCAUCUACAUCUCUAUUGAGGAGAUUAUCAACACACACUCUUUGGUGUUGGAACAUAAGGAAGCUAUUGCUCCAGAUCACAGUGAUCUUCUGCAUGAACUCCUGAAGAACUUGGGGGAAGUUCCUGACGUCGAGUCACUACUUGGUGAAGGAGCUUUGGAUGCAGAUGACCCCAGCAAGGAGAACUCACUGAGUCAACUGGCCAAAACAGAGGUCUCCCUUACCCUCACCAACAAGUUUGAGCUGCUGGAAGGAGAUGACAAAGACAUGAAGGGACUGAUGAUGAAAACAAAGAAACUGAUAGUGGAUGUUGUGAGAAUUCAAGCAGGGGAAACACUCAUUGAUAUCCUAGAAACUCCUGCCUCUGCUGCACAGGAGGCAGAGCACGCUAAGCUAGUAGAGCGACAGGUGGUGCAGGACUCUCAGACUCCAGAGGGGCUGAAGAGCAGCAAGGCCAUGCUGGAGGACUGCCAGCUGCCUCUGGAGCAGAAGAAGAGAAAGAUCCUCAGGAACCUGAGAACUCUGGAGCAGGCUGGUCUGGUCAGCUCAAAACACAAGUACCAGGAAGUCAUCAAUGACAUCUCCAAGGACAUUCGAUACCAGCGGCGCUACAGGCAGAGGAGGAAAGCAGAGUUGGUGAAGCUGCAGCAGACUCUGACUGCGCUCAACUCAAAGGCAGCUUUCUAUCAGGAACAGAUCAAUUACUAUGACACAUACAUCAAAACCUGUCUGGAUAACCUCAACAGAAAGAAUUCACGAAGGUCCAUUAAACUGGACAGAAAGGAAGAGAAGAGCAGUAAGAAGGCCUCAAGGCCUCCCAAGGCCUCGUCUCUGAAGUACACAGCUGCCAAACUGCAUGAGAAAGGAGUCAUUCUGGAGAUUGAAGGCCUCCAGACUAAUCAGUUAAAAAAUGUCAUGUUCGACAUUUGCCCUUGUGAGGAAGUGGGGGACUUUGAGAUAAAGGCCAAGUUUAUGGGAGUUGAGAUGGAGAAGGUGCAACUGCAUUUCCAGGACCUGUUGCAGCUCCAGUAUGAAGGAGUAGCUGUCAUGAAAAUGUUCGACAAGGCCAAAGUCAAUGUCAAUCUACUGAUCUUCCUUUUGAACAAAAAGUUCUACGGAAAAUGAACAUCCCUUGGAGUUAAUUCAGUGAAAAUAUGUUCAGUGAAAAAUAUUAACUAGCUAUCAGAGUCUCAUUUUAGAUGUUAGUUUACACAAAUUGUACAAAAAGAACAGAUUGUGCCUUUGGUUUUUAGAUGUUUUUGUAAAAGAAAUUUCUCUGAGCAUUCAGGGUAUUUGUGCAACUGUGUUUGCAGGUCUUCUGUAUUUAAUUAACUAUACAGUGAGAUCUUACCAUUCUAAGAAUUAUUCUAAGAAUUCAGCAAAGCUGUACAUACAAAGCUUACAUUUGAAAGGAAAUGUAAUCAAACCACAAUCAAAACAACAAAUUACUUCUGUUUUUUUGUUUAGUUUUUUUGGAAAAUUGUGUAUGGAUUAUAUUUUUCAAUACAAGUGUAAUUGAAAUAUAUAUUUUAUAGCAAGUAAUGUAUUGAAUGCUGCAAUGUUUUAAUAUCUUAGAAAGUAAUAAGAUGAAUGACUUUUAACGACUGAUAAUGCACUACUGCCAUAUGGCUGUUAAAUAAGAUAAACCAGAGGAGACUUUUCACAAGACUGUCAU